AUGAUGAAUAGGCAUUCAUAUCUAUUUGUAAUCGUGCAUGCUGCAAAAGACGUAAAACAUGAGUUGCGAAAUGUUGCAGUUGAGGUGCAACGCCUGUGUGCUGUAUUGCAUGCUUGGAAGCAGCAGAGGGAACAUGCAGCCACCAAUGCUAAUAGAGAAAUGCAUGCCUACCUACCAUCCAGACAGCUUGAGCUGCUCCUGCCACUUGUCAUUCGUCAUCGUCGCCCAGUACCUUCCUUCUCUUUCGUUAUCGUCCUCAGUAUGCAUUCUUCACCGAUAGAUUGUAGUAGCAGUAGCAGCUAUAAUCAAACAUGCGGUACAAGUCACAAUAGCUAA